AUGAAGGCACUCGUUACCAUAAUACUCUUUCUGGCAGGCCUGACCUCCGCCCAAUUUCAGUUCUUCGAGCAGUUCUUCCACGGAGGCCAGCAGAACCAAGCACCUCAGGAGAAACAAAAUGUCCCCAGUGAUUCCAAUUGGUAUCGCCAGAACUGGGACGGAGCAACUUGCAACAAUUACUUGUGCCCGGAUACACUCGCCUGUGUUCAUUUUCCGCACCACUGCCCAUGUCCGCAUCCCGACGUGGAAGACAAAGUCGAACUCGGAGACGGCAUAGCCAUCUGCGCCAGCAAAGGAGGUUUCAAGGUCGGCGAGACGGUGCGCAAAAUCGAGUUGGCGAGAAAGGGUCUGCUGUGA